AUGAAUGCUUGCCUUGUCUUCAAAGGCCACACUGUUGCAAGUGCAAUUCAAGUAACUACCUUUCAUGUACCAGUUGUUCAAUACCCAAGUUCCAGUGUUGCAUCUGGCCACACUCCCAAUGCUUUAACAAAAUCUCUUGCAGUAGAAGUUGUUGCCGCCUUCAAUUUCCUUCAUGCCCCGAUUGCUCUUGCAGUAGAUAGAUGUACAUGCCGUUGUCCUAAAUGUCCAAAGAUGCCUCUUUUGCCAAGUUUUCCAACUUGUGUACUCCCCACUGGGUUCAGAACCAUCCAAGCUCUCUUCACCGAAACAUGGACUGACCAAUGA